UCAGAUGGGGAACUACUGUGCUGUAACGUACUCACUAGCAGUGUCUCACUACCCACCACCAGCACCAUGGCAUGUUCGGUGGGUGAAUAAGAUUGUGUGGUCUCUCUCUCUCUCAUGGCGAUCUCCUCCGCUGCCUCUCCUCGCUUCUCUACUCCCCCUCACCACCACCACCACUUUGUUAUCGCCAUUAAUCGAUCCCUCACACAACCCAAGCUUCCACACCCCUCCACAAAACCCAUCUCUUCUCGCCUCUCUUCUUCUCCUUCCUCGUUUCGAUCGAUUUCGGGGCCCAAUUUCAGCAGCAAAUGCAGAUCCUGUGGACGGAAGCUACCGUUUUCCAUUCGGGCAUGUUCUCAAGCUGAUGCUGCUGGCUCCAGCCCAUUGACAAAAAGUUUCUCUGAGUUAAGAGAUUCAUGUUGGAGAUUUCUUAGGCCCCAUACUAUUCGUGGUACUGCUUUAGGAUCCAUAGCAUUGGUUGCAAGAGCGUUGAUAGAGAACCCAGAUCUGAUAAAUUGGUGGUUGACAUUUAGGGCAUUCUGUGGGCUUGUAGCCCUCAUAUGUGGCAAUGGUUAUAUAGUUGGGAUAAAUCAGAUUUAUGACAUUGGGAUUGACAAAGUAAACAAGCCAUAUUUGCCUAUAGCUGCUGGAGAUCUAUCCGUUCAGUCAGCAUGGUUCUUGGUUCUAUUCUUUGCAGCAGCUGGACUUCUGAUCGUCUCAUGGAAUUUUGGGCCGUUUAUCACUUCUUUGUACUGCCUGGGACUUUUUCUUGGCACCAUAUAUUCUGUUCCUCCAUUUAGAUUAAAGAGAUACCCUGUCGCUGCAUUUCUUAUUAUUGCCACGGUGCGUGGCUUUCUUCUCAAUUUUGGUGUAUACUACGCUACUAGAGCUGCACUUGGGCUUACAUUCCAAUGGAGCUCGCCUGUUGCUUUUAUCACAGCCUUUGUGACACUGUUUGCCUUGGUCAUAGCCAUAACCAAAGAUCUACCAGAUGUUGAAGGAGACCGCAAGUUUCAGAUAUCAACAUUGGCGACGAAACUUGGUGUCAGGAAUAUUGCAUUUCUUGGUACAGGGCUUCUGCUCGCUAACUAUGUCGCUGCUAUUGUUGCAGCUAUUUAUAUGCCUCAGGCUUUCAGGCGCAACAUCAUGGUGCCCACUCAUGCUGUCUUUGCAUUGGGUUUGAUUUUCCAGGCAUGGGUUCUAGAACAAGCAAACUACACUAAGGAGGCGAUUUCACAAUUCUAUCGCUUUAUUUGGAAUCUGUUCUAUGCUGAAUAUAUUAUAUUUCCAUUGAUAUAAAGAGCUUGAAGAACCUGUUAAAGGAAGUUAUUAGAGAGAACAUAUCAGCUUUACUACAUCAAUUGGCAUGUUGAAAUCUUCUAUAAAUGCAGUAGUGAGCUUGGAAUGAAUGAGUUAAUGAGGUUCCCUUCAAAAUUUAGAAGGAUCUUUUGACAUUCGGCGCACAUUAGAAGAGUUGGUUCAAGUUCCUCUCUUAUUUUGUCCCUGUGAUCUCAUGUCAACUAAAUGGAAAAGUAAAUGCGAGAUAUUUGUACAAUAUUUAGCAGAUCUUUUUGACAAUUAUGUUAUUUUUUUUUGGUUA